CUGCGCGGCGCGCGGCCUGAGCUCGCCGGAGCGGCGCCCGGGCUCCAGCCAUGGCCGAGAGCGGCCGGGCGCCUCAGGCUCGGGCGCUUCUGCAGCAGUGCCUGCACGCCCGGCUGCAAGUACGCCCCGCCGAAGGGGACGCCGCGGCCCAGUGGGUGGAGGUUCAGAGAGGAUUAGUGAUCUACGUGUGCUUUUUCAAGGGAGCUGAUAAAGAACUUCUUCCCAAAAUGGUUAAUACACUGUUAAAUGUGAAAUUAAGUGAGACAGAAAAUGGCAAGCACGUCUCUAUAUUGGAUCUACCUGGCAACAUUCUUAUCAUCCCUCAAGCCACCCUUGGCGGGAGAGUAAAAGGAAAAAACAUGCAGUAUCACUCUAACACCGGAAAAGAAGAAGGGUUGGAACUGUAUUCCCAGUUUGUGACUCUGUGUGAAAAAGAAUUAGCUGCUAACAGCAAGUGUGCUGAAGCUGGGGUUGUGGUGGAACAUGGCACUUAUGGGAACAGGCAGGUGUUAAAGCUGGAUACCAAUGGACCAUACACACACCUAAUUGAGUUUUGAAAAAUUAAAAGUUAGUUUCUACAGUUGUUUUCAGGUAUAAAAUGAUCUGGACUA